CUUAACUAACCAAUAUCCGUUAUAUUUGAAGGUAUGACAUCGAACCAACAACUAGAAAACGUAAAUUUUUUGUUACAUUGUGAUUUCUUUUUAGGAUUUUCCAGUCAGGCCCAUAAACAUACCACAUCAAACACUUUAUCUCCGUAGACCAUUUUUAUAUAACAUCCGAACAAACGUCAGAAACACCAUAGCCGAAUAUUGUUCGAGAAGCUCAAUCCAUGGCGUGAACUACAUCGGUUCUCACGACCGAACCCGCUGGGAACGGUUCUGGUGGGUACUGAUGCUGCUCAUUUCGCUGUACGGCUGCGUUGGACUCAUCGGAAACAUCUACUACAAGUGGGAACACAAACCGGUCAUUCUCAGCUUCAAUGAGGAACCCGUCUCAGUUUGGGAGAUACCAUUUCCGGCCAUAACGAUCUGUCCGGAGUCAAAGUUUCGACCGGAGCUUCUGAAUUUCACGUUGCUGAGCGAUCAGAUCUUCGACCAGGAUGCAGUGCGUUUCGAUAUCAACGAUGAUGAAACUCAUACCAUUCUGAGUUUACUGCAGGUGUGUGAUAGGAUGUACUCACAUGGUGAAUACCAGGAAGCCUUGAAAAGUUACAAAUUCAAACAAAACAUCGUGAGGAAACUUUACGAAAUAUGUCCUGGCCGAAGCCGUGAUUUAAUAUUCCAGUGCCGAAUGAGCGUCUAUCCAUGUCGGGACUCAUUCAAAGAAACCGUGACUGACGAGGGCAUUUGCUACACAUACAAUCUGAUUCCAGAGCGAGAAAUGUUCCGCAAAGACUACAUGCACACCAAUUAUGAUUACUACACGAGUCUUCAUUCGAGUUCUAAUUGGUCAUUGGACGAAGGUUACAAACCGGAAGCAGAACUUAGAACAUAUCCUAGUCGUGUCUACGGAUCAGGGUUUGAAGCCGGUCUUUACAUGCAGCUCAGAAUGCCCAAAAGCUACGAUGAAUAUCACUGUCGAGAAGCGUUAGGGUUCAAAGUCCUACUUCAUUCUCCGGCAGAGUUCCCGGUGAUUUCCCGCAAAUUUUUUCGUCUUACAUACAAUCACGAAGUGACCAUCGCGCUCAAGCCUCAGAUCACCUCCAUAGCUAAAUCUCUAAGCAAUUAUGAACCCUCUCGUAGGAAAUGCUUUUUCAGUUACGAACGCAAACUGGAGUUCUUCGCGGUGUACAAUCAGGUGAACUGUGAGCUGGAAUGCCUCACCAAUCUCACUCGGAAGCUCUGCGGUUGCGUUCGCUUCUCGAUGCCCUACACCAAAGAAACAAAGGUUUGUGAAACAUCUCAGUUGGAGUGUGCUAUCCAGGCGGAGAACGAAAUUCAGCUGGUGGUCGCUAUGGAAGGAAUUACGAAGAAUCACUCAACAGGUGACCACUGCAAUUGUCUACCGGCGUGCAAUUCGAUUGAGUACGAUUCGGAGCUGACGCAGACAAAGUAUGACUAUGCCAGGUCCUUUCAUCUACGCUACAGAACGCAACUUUCCGAGGAGUUACUUGAAAAAGUCGCGAAUUACAAUUUCGCCAAACUAGCAAUCUAUUUCAAGCAAGCCCAGUACAUGGCGUUGAGGCGAAGUGAGCUGUUCGGGUGGACGGAUUUCAUUGCCAAUUGUGGCGGAGUUCUGGGACUUUGCAUGGGGGUUAGUCUGCUGAGCUUCGCCGAGUUGGUUUAUUAUUGUAUGGUGCGACCAAUUCUGUCGAUUAGAAAUUUCAAGAAGAUAGGAAAUGACAAUGCUGUGAUGGCCGUACAACCAACCGGAGACUAAUUUAAUAUGAUUGCGUGAUCAAACUCAUGCCUGAUUAUGUUGAUAUUUAA